CGGCGAGAGCAAUUCUAGGAUGCGACCGCGUCUAGCAGUCCGACACAUGCAUCCCUCUAGCUCAUGAUCCUGCGGCGAUUCGCUUCUACAGCAAGCCAUGUGCAGACCAAUGAAUCCUUCUGGGAGGCGCUGCAAUCGGCGACCAAGAAGCGCAUUGUUCAUCCCAUCAAGGCAAGCCAACUCAUGACAAAGCGCCUCGAUGCUGGAUUCCCUCCCCCAGAAACUGUCCCGAGAGACCUGCAAGCGCUACGGAGUAUUAUUCAAGAGAGCAUCAGGGCAGGAAGGAGCACACAAGCAUAUGCGCAUAUUGACAUGGUAGAAGAACGCGGGCACAUAAGUCGGUUCGAUCUUGUUGAACCGAUAGCUGAUGACUACAUUCGGUGUCUCCUGAGCGUCAAAGAUGCCAGAGGACCAGUAGAAGGGAAACAAAAGCCAGUUUCUGACCUGGUUGUGCGCAAGUGGGCUUUGAUUGAAGCAAAAGUGUUUGUCGCGAAGCUCGAUCAGCUAGGCAAGGCAUCGAGCAUCUCACCAGCCCUGUACGACGAUAUAAUACAAAAGAUGGAUGAGCACGGUAUUGCUAUUAUCAACCCUUCGAGCGUCUUUCAUGUUGCCGUGCGCAACAAGAUCCCAUUGAAUGUUCGCAGCUGGAACGUGCGCCUCAAAUUGCUGGCCAACAAGGCAGAUGGCACGAGCCGUGUACUCAAACGCUUUAAGCAAAUGACGGCUGAGAACCACCCCAUUAAUGAUGUAACGAUUGCCAUUGUGCUCAAGGCGCUUAGUAAAGAUCCAGCAUACUUUGAUGAGGCGUACCGGGUACUGGCGACAGCCAAGCAGCUCAAAAUAUGGAAUGUCUUUAUUGCAACUGAAGAAUUGCAUCUGCUCAAAUUACAGUACAAGCACGCUGAACUCAUUGCGCGAUACACAGAGUAUUUUGGCAACACCCUGCUCAUGCAGCUUGGCUUUGUGAGUUUGCCCAAGGCUGCUUCUGUAAGCCAGCAAAUUGCGCCAUUACUACGACCUAGCAACGAGACCAUCAGUCUUGUACUGCACACACUCGUCAAGCUCAACCCGGACGCGGAGAGUUUGGCCCGUCUCUAUGCUGGGUUUCAGCAAAUAUGCCAACAGCGGACCGAGCUGACAAUGGACCAAUAUUGCCUGUCCAUCUUUGUGCGAGCGUUCUCCAAGCACGAAUCGCAGAUUGAUCGGGCAAUAGAAAUUUUGGAGUACAUGCGGCAAGCUGAGCGGCGUCCAUCCGUGUUUGCCUAUACACACGUCAUCGAAGGCCUCUGCAAGUCUGGAGCAGUCGAUACGGCAAUCAAGGUCUUGCUGUACAUGCAGCACGACGGAGUCAAGCCUGAUGCAUAUACGUGGACAUGUUUGAUUCGCUUCUACGUCGAGGCCGGGGACUAUGCCAAGGCUCGCUCAAUCUAUGCAAAGAUGCGCAAGUUGCACUGCAAGCCCUCGGAAGCAACGAUGCAGGCCAUGCAGAAGAUACCAAGAGUGUAGAAUCAAUUCAGCCGUAAGCUUGAUGUAUCGUAGCGGUAGCUGACUUUAUUGAUGCGCUUUCGAC